AUGGGGCCAUAUAUCUUGGAAAACAUCUUUAUUCUACUCGCCCCUACGCUAUUUGCCGCCUCCAUUUACAUGACUCUGGGCCGUGUAAUUCGUCGCGUCGGGGCGGAGCAUCUUUCGGUUAUCCGCGUCUCGCGUCUGACGAAGACCUUUGUCUGGGGUGAUGUUUUGUCUUUCGUCGUCCAAGGCAACUCGUCCUCUCUCUCGAUUCUGGGUUAUCCUCAAUGGGCAAAAGUUGCAGUCAUUGGUGGACUAGCGAUUCAGCUUGUCUCAUUUUCCAUUUUCUGGAUCUCAGCCCUCGUGUUUGAGAGACGCAUCCGCCGCGACCCCACUCCAGAAUCUCUCCUACCAGGGAUUCCGUGGAAGAAGGCAUUGUAUAUGCUAUAUGCUGUCAGUGCCUUGAUCAUGAUUCGCUCAAUUUUCCGCAUCAUUGAGUAUGUGCUUGGAAACAACGGGUAUCCGUUGCAACAUGAAUGGACGCUUUAUGUCUUUGAUUCUGUGCCGAUGGCGAUUGUCAUGAUUAUCUACCUCACGUGGUAUCCCAGUGAUAUAAAGUCCAGGGCUGAUAUUGAGGGAAGCAUGCCCCUUGCAUAUGUGUACUCGGAGGUCUGA